UUCCAGGGAGGGCUGUGUGCGCCCUUUCAGUAGCCGACCAGUCAAACGGAGCCUGUCAGCGGGACCAGAGAGCCGAGGACAGGAGGAGCUGGAUAAAGCGCACCAGGGUCGGCGCAUGUAUUCAAGUAUCUGCCUCAUUUUUCUUUCCCGUCUUCGAUUCCGCUGCACCUCUUAACGGAUGCUGAAUGCAACCCAUCCCCGCGUCAACAACACACCUCUGACGGACAGAAAACCAUGGACAGUCUAGGCAGCCGCUGUAAAAUUGUGGUGGUCGGGGACACGCAGUGUGGGAAAACGGCACUCCUGCACGUUUUUGCCAAGGACUGCUAUCCAGAGAACUACGUGCCCACAGUGUUUGAAAACUACACAGCCAGUUUUGAGAUAGACAAGCACCGGAUUGAGCUGAAUAUGUGGGACACGUCAGGUUCAUCUUAUUACGACAAUGUGAGGCCGCUGGCGUAUCCUGAUUCAGAUGCGGUUCUCAUCUGUUUCGACAUCAGCCGCCCAGAGACUUUGGACAGUGUCAUAAAGAAGUGGCAAGGGGAGACGCAGGAGUUCUGUCCCAACGCCAAAGUGGUGCUGGUGGGCUGUAAGCUGGACAUGAGGACAGACGUCAACACCCUGAGGGAACUCUCCAAGCAGCGCCUCAUCCCUGUCACCCACGAGCAGGGCAGCAUGAUAGCUCGACAGAUCGCGGCGGUGGCCUACGUAGAGUGCACCUCCAAGGUUUCAGAGAACAGCGUUCGGGACGUGUUCCAUGUCACCACGUUAGCGUCCGUGCGGCGGCCCCAUAAGCCACAGCUAAAACGCAGCAGCUCCCGCAGAGGCCUGAAGCGAGUCUCACAGCUCCCCCUGCCUCCCCUGCCGGGUCGGACUGAGCAAAUGGACCAGGCCCCGGCCAUGAGGAAGGACCGGGCCAAGAGCUGUGUGCUCAUGUAGAGACCACUCAUUAUAAAUAUAUAUAUAUGUAUAUACAUAAACACAGAAAUAUAUAGCAGAGGAAGUCUAUUUAUUGUUUUUUGUUGUUUUUUUUUUCCUCGUAUUUUUAUUUUUUGCACUGCAGAGGAGUGAGGAAAAAAGAAACUGCGCUGUGGAAAGAAAUGCUUUGGAUUUUUUUCUUUUUGUCGCGUGUGUGCAUAUUUUCUAUGCUGUUUACAUAUUUGUGUUGUUUUGAAAUGAUGACAAAUUGGACUAACCCUCUGGAUAUGAGGAAGCUGUGAUAGUGGAAGUGCCGUCUAGUCCUGGGUAUUUAAAGAGGAAUUAAUUUCCUGAAACCGCCCUAAUAAGAGGAUGGCAGCGCAGCGAUCGUCAGGAGAGUGAAGUGCAUGUGAGGAGAAGCAGGACAUCUGGGGAUGAAGCUUGUUGUUUUCAAAGACAGUGUUGCUCAGCGGACACGAGGACUAAUUGUCUAGCUGCACUGUCUGAAGUGGCUUCCUGUUGCCAUAUUUGAGAGGAAAACCUGUAUGUACAGUAAUGCUAAAAAGGGAUUCUAGUGAUUAGAUGAAUGAUGGCUCAAACCAAACAUUAGGAUCCGGAAAUGAGAUGUUGUAACACUGAAAUAUUGUGAAGGUGUGUGUGAGCAUUACUACCACAAGUGCAUUUUAGAAGAAAAAAAAAAGAAGUCACAACAUAUCUGAUUUUAUUUUGCUCAUUUAACACUAUUUUGUCAUCAACUCCAACUGUGUCAGUUUGACUCACUGAAGUUAAUGCUGUUGUCACUAUUUUAAAGAUGUUUCUUUGUGGAAAAUAAAGUGGUAAAAUGUUAGGACUAUUUUGUUGUACUUUCACUAAAGUAAAAUAAAGCAACAGCUUGACUGUAUAGGGAAAGGACAGAAA